AUUCGCAGUUGAUUUUCGGUUUUCGUGCUCAAUUUCGUUCUAAGCCUCGGCGCGUGUGCAUCGACGCAGUUCUCAACAUGGUGCUGCUGAAAGUGAUCAAAUAUCUUGUGGGCUGCGUGGUUCAUGUCUGCAACGAGCUGUCCCAGAAUAUGAAUUCACUCAACAAGAUGUUCAAAUAUCACCUGCUCGAGGCGCAUUAGCUAAGUUCAAUUGAAUUUCGAAAUAUGUAUAUAAAUAUCAUACAUAAAUAUAAGCACACCACCACAUAUAUUAUUAGUUACC